UUUUAAUUUAUUUUUGCCCUUUGUUUCGUUUUGUGCUGUAAUUUGGAAAGGAGGAGCGUCCCUCCCAAUUAGCCUUAUUAUUAUUCUCUCUAUGCUUGGAGACUCCACUACUUCCGUCUUGGGCGGCGGCGCCGGAGGAGAUGCCGCCGUACCGGCGACGACGACGCGUCGUCAAGAUGGGCUCAUGGGGGACAUGGAUGAGAAUAAUAACAAUUCUGGUGAAGAUGAGAGAGGGAGAAGCAGCGGUGGUGGAGGUGACGACGGUGACCGGAGCUUUGGCGGAAACCGGUGGCCGAGACAAGAAACUUUAGCUCUCUUGAAAAUACGGUCAGAAAUGGACGUGGCUUUUCGAGAUGCAAGCGUUAAAGGCCCUUUGUGGGAGCAAAUUUCCAGGAAAUUGGGGGAGCUUGGGUAUCAUCGAAGUGCAAAGAAAUGCAAAGAGAAAUUUGAGAAUGUUUACAAAUAUCACAAAAGAACUAAAGAAGUUAGAAGUGGAAAACCAGAUAGCAAAACUUAUAAGUUCUUCGAACAAUUGGAAGCUCUAGAAAAUCACCCUCCUCUUAAUUUCCACUCCCAUUUGUCUAAACCAACUCCUCCGCCACCCCUACCGCCGCCGCCUACUACCGUCAUUUCCCACAUUCCUUCUACUACUGUUCCAUCCGCCAACACCACCACCCUACCUCACUUAUUGAACAUAUCGUUUUCUCAACCAAACCCCACAAUUCACCUCCCAUCUCCUCCGCCGCCUCCCGCUCCGUUGCCAUUGAAUAACCCUACAAGUUUGCCCACCACCGUCCCUCCCGCUGUCCCUUUCCAAAUCAAUGUCUCUUCCACGGGAAUGGGAAUGGGGUUUCAAAGCAUUGAAGCGGAUCUCAUCUCGAACUCGACUUCUGAUGAUGUCAACUCGUCCACAUCAUCAGACGAGGCGUCAAGACGGAGGAGGAGGAAGAGAAAAUGGAAGGACUUUUUUGAGAGAUUGAUGAAGGAAGUGAUUGAAAAACAAGAGGAAAUGCAAAAGAGGUUCUUGGAAGCAAUUGAGAAGAGGGAACAAGAGAGAGUUUUGAGAGAAGAAGCUUGGAGGAUGCAAGAGAUGGCCAAAAUCAAUAGAGAAAGAGAGAUUUUAGCUCAAGAGAGAUCAAUGGCGGCUGCAAAAGAUGCCGCCAUUACAUCCUUCCUUCAAAAAAUAACUGAAUCCCAGCACAACAAUAACAACAACACAUCUCAGCCGUCGCCGCCACCGCCGCCACCAGCACCACCAUCGCAGCAACAACAAAUUCCAACGUCAAAUCCGACACCAGUUGUGCAUCCACAACAGCAGCUGCAACCACCACCGCCGCCCGCACCACAAGCUUCCACAUUGCAAGUGGUUGUUCCUAAUUCCACCCCACAAAAAGUGGGGAGUAAUAAUGAAUUGUUGCAAAUGGAGAUAAUGAAGAUGGAUCAUAAUGGUGGGGAGAAUUAUAGCAUUAGCCCAGCUUCAAGCUCAUCAAGAUGGCCAAAAGUUGAAGUUCAAGCACUCAUCAAAUUGAGAACAAACCUUGAGACCAAAUAUCAAGAGAAUGGGCCAAAAGGGCCAUUGUGGGAAGAGAUAUCAUCAGCCAUGAUGAAACUUGGGUACAAUAGAAAUGCAAAGAGGUGCAAAGAGAAAUGGGAGAACAUAAACAAAUACUUCAAGAAAGUGAAAGAAAGUAGAAAAACAAGGCCUGAGGACUCCAAGACUUGCCCUUAUUUUCACCAGCUCGAUGCUUUGUAUAGGGAAAAGAGCAACAACAACAACAACAUGAUGGCAUCUUCUACGCCGAUUAUGCAACAUCAACAGCAGCCAUUGAUGGUUCGACCCGAGCAACAAUGGCCUCCUCAACAAGAGAUCACUCGACCUGACUCGGGAAAUGAGGAAAUGGAGAGCGAACCAAUGGAUCGUGAUGAUAAAGACGAUGACGAAGAAGAUGAAGAGGAAGAGGAAGAGGAUGAAGGUGGAGGGAACUAUGAGAUUGUGGCGAGCAAACCGGCUUCCGUGACUGCUGCAGAGUGAGUGAGGACAAAACAUGUUGUAACUCUCUGAAAAAGCUCAAAGCAAGGUUAGGGGUCGGAAAGGGUUGUCGGGCGGGUAAGCCGGGCGAGUUUUUUUCAAUGUGGAAAGAAUAUUCAAUUGAAUAUGUUGUUCAUACACACACACUCACAUAAGUUACUGGAAGAAAUGAGGGGAAUUAAAGGGAAAAAGAUAGGGUGUGAGGGGUGGGUUGAGAAAUUGUAGAAUAGAGUUCGGCGAGAGUUAUAUGUUUUUUCCAAUUUAAUAAUUUAUUUAUUUUUUUUGGCCUAAAAAAUGGAAUAAAAGUUUGGGGUUUUAGAGAGAGAGAGAAUGGAGUUUAAGGUUUCACAAACAAGAAAUAAAGAGAGACUCUUUUCUAGUGUUGUAGUUUGUCA